GUCACGCAUUUUUUUUUAUCCUGAAUCACGUUCUCUGUUAAUAAAGACUUCAGACGUGUGUUGUUGUUUUUGUAACAAGUCCACUUGUGUCUUUCCGUGUGGACCUGAUAGUGCAGAUUAUAGUCAUCAAUAUGGUGCCACCUGCCAGCUUUAUUUAUGUAUACAUAUGUCCUUUACUGCGUACAGACAACUGUUUCAACUCUCAAUUUUCUUUCAAGUGCACCAAAGGAAAGACUUAACUUAACUGAACAGAAUAAAUACACCACUGUGCCUGUUUUCCAUCAUAAUAUUGAUAAUAAACUUAAUGUAUGCAGUACAUUGGUUAAAAAUACAGUCACAACGUGCUUUGCAGGACACAAUUGAAAAGGCAAACAAAGUACUUAUAGGCAGACGUUGGCAUUAGACAAUAUAAAACAAAACGGAAUAAAACUUACAGUAGUUUGCGUCCUUGCAUUAAUGCCCUCUUCACUUCAGUUCAUCUUACUGCAAUAAGUAAUAUGAGAAUAAAAAGAUCAGAGGAAUGGUAAUACCAUAAAUGCAUUUUUUUUUUCAAGGUUAAUACUUGAAGUAGGUUUGCCAUCUGUCACACCAGACUUAAAAGAAGAAAGAAAAAAAUAUUACUGAACUGAAAAGUUAAUGAGUUAAAAUUAACGAACAGCUAAAAUAUUUAAAAAGAAAAACAAGCAUUAUUUCUGCUUAUGCUUUGUUGACUGCUGUCCUGAGAUGAAUUGCCCUUAAUUGUGCUUUAAGUGUGAUAUGUUCAUUCUGUCUACUGCAGCCUAGCUAGUGUUGCUGUUGCUGUUUUGUUGUGGAUUUGAUUUUGCAACUCUACAGACAAAUCACUCCACAGUCAGCCUGGGAUUAAUGUGAUCAGCUGAUGAUAAGAGCAUUAAGAUAAGACUGUGGCUGGGUCCUUCCAUGUAACCUUUGAAAUACUUUACACAUUACACAGAUCACAUUAUUGUCCACUCUCCUUCUGUGUUACAUGCAUGAAUUAGCCCUCGUGGAUGUGCUUCCUCACUCUCUGAUAAUUAGAUUGCUGCUUGUUCCGACCAGUCGCUGCUGCAGUUGCUCUGUAAUCCACGCCGAGAUAAAUGUGUACUGCUAAUCUGACCUUCUAUUUCAGGAGCUGACAGCAUAGGUGGAUCCUGUGUGUGGGGGGGGUUUUGUGUGUCCUACACAUGUGGUAGAUGAUCCAGACACGUAGACUGAAGGCAGAUCUGCAGCAAUGCCAGAGUCCUCGCUGGUAUUCUGCCUGCAUCAUUUCUUUUGCCUCCGUCUGCUGGUCUAUAUCUGCAGACACAAGUGUAACCUCAAAUCCUACAGCAUAAUAUAUGAGUCAAGGACAUUCACGGCACCUCUGCUGAAUGUAGAACAUCCCCCUUGAGAGAGUUUUACCAAUCAUCGCUCCAGCUGCACAGAAGCUCCAACAUGUUCAGCUGCUUCUGCACAGAGCACAAUGUGCAGGAGUGUGCAUCACACAUCAGUCAGGAGCUGUUAUCGCUUGGCCUCACACCAGUUUGGACCGAGUUGUCGUGCAGGUCAGAGCUAAAUGUCACGGCUGUGAUAAAUUGCAUGUAUGACCUGAUUCAGCUGCAUCGUCGAAGCAUCCGAACACUGGAAAACUUGGAAGUGGAACAUCACAAGUUGAGCAGCAAUGUGGCCUUUCUUCAGCUCACCAGUACCAGACAAACGGAGCAGCUCGAGGUUUGCAAAAGAGAAAACGCGGGGCUCGUUGAGAAAGAACGGCAGCUUCAGCUGAAAGUGAAAAGUUUGCAGAAUGCUGUGAGAAAUGAAAAGGAAGAGGUGCAUAAACUUCAGAGCAUAAUUGCAAGUCGUGCGAGUCAGUACAACCAUGAGAUGAAGAAGAAGGAAAAAGAAUUUAACAAACUAAAAGAGCAUCUGCAUCAACUUCUGGUCGGUAAAAAGGAGAAGAAACAAGCUAUUGAUGUGUUAAAUAACAUUGGAAGAGCAGAUGGAAAGAGAAGCCUUUGGAAAACUGAAAAGACAGAAGCAAAACAUGAAGGCGAGAUGUACAGAACUCUGCUGAGUGACUACGACGCCCGGCAGAGGGAGCUGGAAGUGGAAAAUGCAGAGAUGAGGAAAGUGUUGCAGCAAAUGAAAAAAGACAUGAUGUCUGUUCUAAGUUCAACCAAAUUGACUGUGACGAAUGAUAAACAAGCAGAUGACGGCGUACAGGCUGACUCGGGCGAGGAAGAGGAAGUGCUUGACUCCAGUAAGGAAAGCGUAGAGCUGCACUGUGUUCAUGCUCGGGAGAAGCUGACUAACAGUAUUCGCCUCCAGUGGAGAAGACUCAAGAAUCAUGUAGAAAGACUGGACAGCCAAGCAUCUUUGGCUCAGGUGGAUGAGAGUAAAACUUUAGCUGUUCCUCGAGAGACUCACGAGGAGGAAAUGAACAGAUUGAAGCUGGAGAUCCAGCAGUGCAAAGACUUUAUCCAAACACAGCAACAGCUGCUGCAGCAGCAGCUCAGCUCUCCAUGUGAUGAGGAGACUGGUUCUUUGUUGAGUGACCGCUACAUGUCCCAGGAGACAGAGCGCCUCAGAGAGGAGUGGAGGACCUUAGAGGAACAGAGAAAGAUCUUUGAGAGGGAGAGAAGGAACUUCACAGAAGCAGCCAUAAGACUGAGUCAUGAGAGGAAGGCCUUUGAGGAGGAUCGUGCGACAUGGCUGAAACACCAGUUUUUAAACUCAAGUCCAUUUGCAGACUCAAAGAAACCUCAGAUGUCAAAGUCUAAAAGUGCCUUUUUAAUAUCAGCUGAAACAGAAGCAAGUGGGACAAUGGAUCCAGAAGAGCUCGUCAAAUGUCCAUCUGACACGACUUCUCCUGCACACGGAUGUUUCCCACUCACAUCACCAUCCACAGCCAUCACGUCACGCACUGUUCCUUAUCCCAGGAAAAAGCUCGAGCAAACCGAAGACAAAGACUACUGAGUGUGAUGAGGAAAUCAAACAUCUUUUGUUGUGGAAAUGUUCCACUUCAACCACAGCAAAGACCACAGUGGCCACACACUCACACAGGAAACAAACAACUUUUUGUUUCAUGCCAUUUUGUCUGGCAAGAUUGUAAAGUGAUGAAAUACUGUAGCAGUCAAACUAGUUAUAUGUGCUCUUGUUUCUUUUUCCAUUGCUUACCUUUUGUUGGUAGAUUUUGUAAUUACUUACAGUAUUUGGACGAUACUAUACAUUUUGCUUUGGGAGUCAUAGCUCAUGUUUAGCAGCAUGAGUGCAGUGCAACAAAACGUUGCUUUCUGGCUGUUUCUGCAGCUAAAAUUUGGUGUACCAUUAACAUAUGCCAUUAAAACCAUAAGUGAACAACAGUAA